CGCAUCGCCGACGAACCAGACAAAGCCGCUUCCCACAAUUGAACUCAGUUGGUACAGAUCUCCCGUGCGUGUAUAUUGUCGCCUCUAACGAAGAGAGUAAGAAACAAGAGUCAAUUCCAAAUCCAGCUCAACCGGAGAUGGUCUAGAAGGGAUCGGAUAUGGUGUAGAGGACUUGAUUCAUAUCCACAGAUCUUCACUCUUCACCAGCCGGUAACUCAUUGAAUCUAGGGUUUUCAUUUCUCUUGCAGAUUCAAACGCAGAUGGAGAGCAGUGUUAUAAAGAGGAGUCAUAGAGGGCCUGUGGAGAAACUUCCUCUUGAGGUUAUUGGGGAUAUACUGUCUCGGGUAGGAGUUGCACGAGAUGUCCUCCGAGCUUCUCUAACUUGUCGUAAGUGGCGAGAAGCUUUUCGCAAGCACCUUCACACACUUUCCUUUGAUGUUUUUGACGAUGAACCUUUCUACAGUGAACUUCCUACUGCUGAAUUGGAAGUGUUGAUCACAAAAACCUUAUUUCAAACAACUAAUGUGCGAAAACUAUCUAUUUUGAUGAUCGAUAAACACAAGUUUUUGGCUGGUUCAGUUGUAGCUUGGUUACUAUUUGUCCGGGAAACUUUGUUGGAGUUGCUUUAUAGGGUUAGAACAUCUCGUGGCAUUACAUCCUUUAAUGUUCUUGAUAUAUGUGGUAGGCAGAAGCUUUGAGACUUUGACUUUAUUUGACUACCCAAUUAAUGAGGUUGAACCGAAUUUCCAAAGGUUUCCUUGCUUGACAUCACUUUCUCUAUGUCGCGUACAAAUUUCUGUAGAGGAACUAAACUCACUUCUUUCGGCUUUUCCCAAACUGGAGCGCUUGGAGCUUAGUAAACCCAUCCUACGGACUGGAGAUGAUAAGGUUCAUUCACAUGAUAUGACGCUCAAGUUGCAUUGUCCUACAUUCAAGUCUCUUAUUCUUAAUGAACUCAAACAAUUGGAAUUUAUUUUGGAUGACGGUUUUAUUGAGUGUGUGGAUGUGUAUCACAGCUUUUUUGGUUUAUUUAAGGUUAGUGGCGGUAAAAGGUUGAGGCACUUUAAGUUUUUCAAGUCAGAGGCUCACUUUCUUGAUUUUGAAGAGGGAGGCGAUCUGGAGGUUUUGGAAUGUAUUGCCUGCCAUGUUCUUCACUCAAAUUUGUUUCCAAUGAAGAUACACGCACCAAAGUUGAAAACACUUCGAGUUUGGGGUUUUAGUGAGCAACCAGAUUUUGGUUUUGAUAUAGAGGAACUUAUUCAUGAUAGGCCAUUUGCAACUGUUGAUUUUGAUCAAAUUGCUGCUCGUGUGCCAGAGCUUACACAUCUGGCAGUAUUUUGUUAUGAUGAUGUAGAUUUUGGUGUCACGCUUGGGGGAUUGUCUUCCUUGGAGAAUGCGGUGCUUUUGGAGCUCGGAUGGAAAUACUUCAACAAUUGGGAGUACUUUGACAGCUUCUGGGAAUGGGCAGAGGAAGUGUUGAAGUAUUGUCCAAAUGUUAGGAAGUUGAUUGUAUAUGGAAUGCUGCCAAAAUGCCAAGACGAGGUGUUUUUGGAGCGCUUUGCUAAGUACACCACAUCAAUGGUUGAAAUGGUGAGGAAGUAUCAACAUAUUGAAGUGCAGAUUUCGUACUUGGAUCCCGAUUUGUAGCAAUCCUCUUGCCAAAAGAUGGUCCGGGUUUCAGAUAUUGGAUGGGAUUGUUUUCAUGGCUUGUGUGAAUGGGCAGAGAAAAAGGUGUUGAAGUGUUGGUCCAAAGGUAAUGAAGUUGACUGUCCAAAAGAGGCUCUUGUCCAAAGGUUCUUUGGCCGUUCAGAGUAGUUGAAGGACUUUGGCAAGAGCACGUGUCAUCAAUGCUCAAAAUGGUAAGGAAGUAUAUAACCAAAAGGAGUAAUAGCCUAGUUGUGUACAUGGUCCAGGAAGUGAAGCACUUAAAAAUUUACACAUACCCAAAUUGAUGGUACGUGAACAAUGUACAAUCUGCCUUUGCACGAGGAUCCAAGCUUGGAAUGACUUCUGCCGCCCAAGGAACAGUUCUAUUCACAUCAA